UAAUCCUUGCUGCUGCAGCUGGGAGUGGGGAAUGACAUAAUCACGGGACGGAACCGUCGUCAACUGCGUUUUGGACAGAAUCUCGCGCGAUUGGAGCUUCGACAUCUGCGUCAACUUCCGAAACAGCGACGCAGCCCACCAGCGCGCCGUCUAUACUUCUCCCCGCUGCUCAUAGACCUAGACACACCACACACCCCAAAUGCCACCGUCCUCUAUCCAGUCUCGGCCGAAUCCGCCAUGAAGCCCGUCGCAGAAGCAGCCGCGGCACCAGCCAUGGCCGCCGUCGCAACCGCCUCAGCCGUCGGCUCCCAGGUCUUCGCCCUCGUCGCCCUCGUCCUCAUGUCCCUGACCGUCCUGCUCCUCCUGCGCUACUACCUGCCGCUGCGCAAGACCCCGGCCUACCUCCUCGUGCCUGUCUUCUUCGCCCUGUGGCUGCCUGCUGCCAUCGUCCUGCUCGUCCCCAUCGACUUAGCCUCGUCCGCAGCCACCGACGAUGAGGCCUCGCGGGGUGUCUGGCUUCCGAAUCGCGUGCUGCUCGUCUCGUGGCGCAUCACCUACUGGCUCACCUUUGUUCUGACAUGGUUCAUCCUGCCUAUCCUCGGCGAGUACUCGGACGCCGGCCACCGCGACCCCAAGGACAAGCUCAUGUAUUCGCUGCGCGAGAACGCCCAAUACUACGCCAUAGUCCUAGGAGCGAGCUUCCUAGGCCUCAUCUACCUCAUCUUCUCGUACGGCAUCGAUCUCAGGGGCCUCAAGGGGCUUGUCAUGGCCCUCGCCUACUGCUGGGGCCUGGUGCUCGCCAUAUACCUGAUGGGACACGGCCUCGUCUCCAUCCCGCGGUCGCUGUUGCGCGGCGCAAGCGUCAGCAACCGCCUGCGCCGCCUCCAGGCCCGCGCACCCCGCCUGUACGAACGCAUGGAGGAGGCAGAGGCAGAGCUGGCCGACCUCGAAGCCCAGGUUGCCGAACUGGCCCGUCGCGGCAAGGCCCCUAACGGUGGUACUGCCCGCGACUACCAGGACUGGAUCGAGGAGCUGAUCGACAUGACGACCACGCCAGAGGACGGACCGCAGCUCCUGCCUGCUGCUGCUGCCAGCGGCGCCAGCAGGGCGCUGCCGACCAUCAUUACGGAAAAGUACAUGGCCGAGCUCACACGCCAGCUCGUCAGGGCCCGCCACGCCCGCAGCCGCUACGUCGGGGAAUGGGCCUACCUGCUUCGCCAAGCGCGCGAUACGCAGGCGGUGCUCGACUCGGCCGGCUCCAAGCAGCUCGACUUUGGCCGCGCGGGGCCCGGCGCCGGGUUCUGGGACCGCCUCACGGUGCACAGUCCCUACACCCGGCACAUUUACCACUUCCAUGUCCUCCCCUGGGCCCGGACCGUGCUCGGAGCGGUGCUCGCCGCGGCGUCAGCCUGCAUCGUCUGGUCCGAGAUGAUCAAGGUUGCGCUGCCGUCGCUGUCGGUGGUGCGCCUGAGCGUCGUGCACCACUGGACCGCCGACGGCGUCGGCCAGGUCGGGUUCGCGGGCCAGAUCAUCGCGGCCCUCUGGAUCCUGUACAUGGCCGCCGCCGCCUUGGUCACCGUGACCGAGGUCAGGGUGUGGCGUGGCCGCGCCCUGGUCCGGCGCAACACGGCGCACGAGUCGGCCUUUUGGUACGCCUCGCAGGUCGCUCGCUUGAGUGUGCCGCUGUCGUACAACUUCAUGACCUUCCUCUCGCCCGCCGUCUACAAGCCCACCACCUUUUACAUCUUCCUCGGGCAGCUGAUCAACCUGACCCCGCUGGGCGCGUGGUUCGACUACCUGUUUCCCGUCUUCAUCAUCGUGCCCGUCUGCGCCACCAUGUUUGGGCUCUACGCCAAGGUUAGGCGCAUGUUCGGGUUCGACGUCGAUUUUAUCGGUGGCGACGGUUCAGACGACGACGAGGACGACGACGUCCGGGCUUUGUCGGGCUAUGGUACGGGGUCGUGGCGUGAGGGUCGGGAUCUGAUCGAGCGCGAGCUCGCCGGCACCUCGAUCCGCCAGAGACGACUGGGCCUUGGCGCGGGCGCAGGGGGCGCAGGGGGCGCAGGGCCCGCCGGACGCGCGGGGAGGGCGGCGCCCGUCCUGUCGAUACCAGGUGCCGCGGGGUCCAGGGGCCUUGGCAGUGGCGGCGGGGACCGAUCCAGCCGCACACCGCUCGCGACCUCGCCAAGCGGUGGGCUCGCCUCGUCGCGUGGCGCGGGCGGCUCGUCGAGGCGGGGUGGCCGGGCCGGGGCGACGGUGCUCGGCGAGGACGACGAAGACGAUAACUUCUUCCAGGCGCUCGGCCACCGCAUGAAGAACACGAUCGACUCCAUUGACGCGCCAAAGUGGUGGCAGGAGAUCGGGGAGGGCAUCAAGAAGCCAAAGUGGAUGGGCGGUGACGACGACGCCAACGCCGGCGGCAGCAGCAGCAGGGCAGGAGGCGGUGGCGGUGACGGGCCAGACCUGAGGAGGUGGUUUGGAGGCGGUGACGGACGCAUCAGGCUGUGAGCCAACAGGGUUGCUUUCUUUCUUCUUCCCCUUGUCUGUCUUUUUUUUUGGUUCUUGUUCCUAUUUGCUAAGCCGCAUCGGCACAGUCAUACACUUUUUAACUAGACAGUUUAUGCUCUCAAGAGUGGACAUUGCACAUGCAUGCCUGCCUCCUCCAGCCUUCGGUGCUCAGUCUCCAGCAUCUUUGGAAACUUGGUAGCCAUGGGUGCUCGACUGCCCAGAUUCCAGGUAAUCCAUGUCGGCGUCACCAGGGCUGCAAUAACGACUGCCUAUCACACGGUCGUUGUGCACAGGGCCAGCUUCCGAGUCUGGGAUUUGUGGGCUGACGGGCAUCCUGGCUGGGGAAGACCAGGGCAUCUCUGGUUGUUGUUUGGCCAGCAACAGGGGACCCGAAAAUGGUAACCCCCUGAGGGUCAUCAUGGUCCGUCCACGAAUGAAGCUAAAAAAGAAUGCCGGCCCAGACCACCCUGGAAAAACCUGGGGGGGGGACCCCUUGGCACGCCCGCCAGACCCCGGUCUUCCAGCAUCAUCACUACCACGGGGGAAGUGUUUGAUGAUGACAAAGGCCUUGUAAUUAUUAUGGCGGGGCCCCAGACCGGUAAAGGUAGUUGGAAGGAAGACGAGAAGAAGGAAAACAAAAAAAAAAAAAACAGAUGGAAA